UUGAUGGGUUCAUCGUUGUACCCAAAGCACCUUGUUGGGCAGAUGAUGAUGCUUGUUUUUUCGGGUUUCUUUCUUGUGACUCCCAUCUUAUCAAACCUCCCACAAACCGGGAGGGUGUGCAAAGAUUCCAGCUUACACAUAUCUUGGACAACCCCAGAUGCGGAAGAGGUUCGCUACCAGAACCUACCGCGCGAUAUCAAGCCAACGGAAGCAUCCCAUGUCCCAUCCCGCAGCACACCAUUGUCCAAUGUUUCCUGUCUUGUACAACUGAUGGACGAUUCUCGAAAAGCGGGGAAACCUCGAAUCUUAGCACCGCGAACACCAUUCCGCAUUCCGUCCUCUUCUCCGCAUCGGCAUCACGUCUUCCGUAUGGUUCACUGCAGGGAAAACAGAACUGACGGGAGGGUCGCACCGGUGCUCUCACCAAACGUCAUCCGAGACAUUCGGUUUCGGGUUUUGUGGUUUUGGUAGUGGGAUUGGGGGCUUUUUUAGUCGAGGUUCUGUGCGCGGACCACGAUGAAGAAGCGAUUGAACCAUCCAUGUAGCAAACGCCAUGCUAUGCAGACUCAGAAUGCAGCAGAACUUUACAGUCCAAUACUGGUUUAUUUGUUAGUUCGAGACCUCGGGUCAACUUCCCUGGGCGUUUUCAUGCUGUGAAUAUGCC